GUGCGUGGUGUUCCCUACAACGUGUGUUAAUAAGUAACUAUUAUUGCUUCCUUCCAGUUAAAGAGACCAGCGCCCCGUUGCUGUGUGUAUAAUAAUAACUGCGGGUGGCUGCGUUUGUCCACAGUGUUCGUCUUUGUUGACAGUAAUGACUCGGUAGAUGUGUUGUAGUUUCUGGGAGGCAGAGCGCAACUACAGUGGACACAAUGACGGAAGCUCCGAGGCCUCUGAUUGGCUGAUCCUGCUGCGCUGGGCACAGGAGGCGGCCUCUGAUUGGCUGAGGGCCGUCCUGGCAUCAUUCCCGAGGCUGGCGGUGGCAGCCCUUGCAGGUUUCACGGACGGACAGUCUGUAUGCUGAGGGAGCCAUGUUGAUGCCUGGUUUUGUGUCAAACGCUUCAUUUUGGAUGGUGAAAGGACUGCGUGGUAAAGACCGGGAGGGGUGAUUCCAGCUCCGCGAUGAGAAGAGGAGCGCCGUCUGGGAUGGUAGAGAGAGCGCCAGAGGAGAGCUGCUCUUAGUGGAUUCAAAGCAAGUGAAGUUGAUGCUAGUUAGCUCCGUAGCUAGGUAGCAACAGCUGUGCGGACGCUGCGUGGGAUGCUGCGUGUGGACUAAAACAAUUUAAUCUCCCCUGCUUGAUGCAUUUUUUUUGCUGAGCUAACGUUAGCCAGAUUGUUUUGAAGACUUUGUGCCUGGAGUAACAACGCGGCUGCUGAAUUCAUGCUAGCUCGCUUAAGCUGCUGUUGUGAAGCUAGCUGCUAGCUAACGUUAGCAUGCUGACAAUCAGCUCGCAUCUUCAGUCACGACUACUUGCUAGCUAACUUAUUGUUACUUUCAGGCACACUGCCAGUCGUGGAGCACCGUGUCGUGUGUUUAACCCCCCCUAAAACCCGAGUGGAGAUAUGGCGGUACAUCCAGUCUCUGUAGAAAGCUACCAGUUCGCCUGCCCUGCUCGCCAAGGAACGGCUAACGGGCUAGCAGCAUAACUUUCCUCUCACGGUGUCACCCAGAAGCUGCACUUCCUCGCAAGCCGACCUCGUACCUGAAGCAAGCUGGCGGCCCUCCGAGUAGAAGCCGAGGACAAGGAGCUGGGGCCGAUGGCCUGGGUGCUGAAGAUGGACGACGCCACCAUCGAGUCGGGGCUGGUGCACGACUUCGAUGCCAGCCUGUCCGGCAUCGGGCAGGAGCUGGGGGCAGGAGCCUACAGCAUGAGCGAUGUGCUGGCUCUGCCCAUCUUUAAGCAGGAGGACUCCAACCUUCCCCCUGAAAAUGAGACCAAAAACCCCCCAUUCCAGUAUGUGCUGUGCACCGCCACCUCGCCUGCUGUCAAGCUGCAUGACGAGACGCUCACAUACCUAAACCAAGGCCAGUCUUAUGAGGUGCGUAUGUUGGACAACAGGAAGCCAGGGGAGCUGCCAGAGCUCAACAACAAGAUGGUGAAGAGCACGGUGCGAGUAGUGUUUCAUGACCGUCGGUUGCAGUACACAGAGCACCAGCAGCUGGAGGGCUGGAAGUGGAAUCGUCCUGGCGACCGUCUCCUUGACAUCGAUAUUCCAAUGUCGGUGGGCAUCGUGGAGCCGAAGACUCACCCCUCCCAGCUCAACGCCGCGGAGUUUCUGUGGGACAUGAACAAAAGAACUUCUGUUUUCGUGCAGGUGCACUGCAUCAGCACAGAGUUCACUCCCAGGAAGCACGGCGGGGAGAAGGGCGUCCCCUUCAGGAUCCAGAUCGACACCUUCACCCAGGGAGACAGUGGAGAGUACACAGAGCACCUCCACUCUGCCUCCUGCCAAAUCAAAGUCUUCAAGCCAAAGGGGGCGGAUCGCAAGCAAAAGACUGACAGGGAGAAGAUGGAGAAACGCACACCUCAAGAGAAGGAAAAGUAUCAGCCUUCUUAUGAUACCACUAUUCUGUCAGAGACGAGGCUUGAGCCCAUCAUCGAGGAUGCGGGUGACCACGAGCUGAAAAAGUCCAGCAAGCGGACUCUUCCUGCUGAUUGUGGCGACUCCUUGGCCAAGAGAGGCAGUUGCUCCCCGUGGCCAGACAAUGCCUACGCCAGCACCAACCAGGCAGCUACUCCCUCCUUCACCUCCACCCCACUGUCCACCUACACCACCUCCUCAGUACUGGACAGUGACUCGUCCUCUCCCAAUCACCAGGCAGACCCUGGCAGCCAUGGCAACUCGGAGCAGUUGAGCCCCACUGCUUCCAUACAGGACACGCAGAAGUGGCUACUGAAAAAUCGCUUCAACUCCUACACAAGGCUCUUCUCUCACUUCUCAGGUUCUGAUUUGUUGAAGCUAACCCGGGACGACCUGGUCCAGAUUUGUGGGCCGGCAGAUGGGAUCAGACUCUUUAAUGCACUCAAAUCCAGGUCGGUGCGCCCCAGGUUAACGGUGUACGUCUGUCAGGAGUCGCCUCAGGAGAGCCCCCUGCUGGAGAGACACGGCACCAAUGAAAACGGAGAACACAGCAUCUCCUCUAGUUUACAUGUGUAUCAUGCUCUGUACCUAGAGGAGCUCACGGCUGCAGAACUCAUCCGCAAGAUGGCGUGUGUGUGCAGCGUUCCACUGGGAACCAUCAACCAGGUGUACAGACAGGGUCCUACAGGCAUCCACAUCCUGCUGAGUGACCAGAUGGUUUACAACUUGCCUGACGAGAGCUGUUUUUUGAUCAGCACUGUCAAAGAUGAGUUGGGCGAAGGACUCCAUCUAAUCCUGAAGUAGUGAGGAGGACAGAUGGCAUCACUAAUACUCCACCCUCUGUUCUGGAGCUGAAGCCUCCCUCUGUCCCUCUCUGCCUGCCUCUACUCUUUCCUUCUACGUCCUCCCCGUCUCUCUCAACAGAUCGCUCAACGGAAAAGCAGAGAGACUGCGCUAAAAGCCAUGUAAAUGUUAGAAUCUGACAUGGGUGUGUCCACUGUUUCAUAUUGAAAACAUUAUUAACAGAGGAGAUUCGUUCAAAGAAGAGAGACUGGGGGAGGAUAUGGGAUUAGGAGGAAAGUUGACAAUGUUCUAUGUAUUUUUUGAUUCGUUAUUUUAUUUUUUUGUCUUUUAUAUGGGUUCCGUGUGGAGAAGGGAGGGUGGAGGCUCCAGGAGAGAGGGCUGGGUGGCGUUCUGGCCGGCAGGAGAAGGAAAGAAAGCAGAGUUUCCUUAUUGCUCGUUGCCCUUCCUACACAGCGCACACAACCAGCACUAGGCCAGUAUUUGAUAACCUGUACUGCUGAACAGCAUGCGAUCUCAUACUAACUUGCUUCAAAAGGAGAAAUCCCACCUUUUACUCUGCUUGUUUAACAUUCUUGAAGGGGUUGUCUUAAUUAACCAUUUGUCGAUCAGCUGAGCUUGGUAACCCCCUUAAAUAUCCAGGCUAAAUUUGUGGGAGCUGGCAUCGUUUGUGGAUGUUGACGCCAUGUUUUUGGUUUUAUUUUCUUGUCAGAUGGACAGAUUUCAUUAACUCUCGUCGCAUAGAGUCGUCCUAUGCGACUUUGACUGACAGCCAUAUCUCUGUGUCGACACGCUCAGCUCAGCUCUCCUAACGUUCGUCCCGUUCGUCCCGCGCUUUUGCCGUUUUUAGUUGAUGCUUUAUUUAUGGAUCAGCGGUUUCUAUUGAUCUCAUCAAAUUUAUUCGUUUCUGGUGCCAUAUUGGCUUUUUUUUAGCUCGAUCUUUUACUCACAUUUACACACGGAGCACACACACACUUGAUCUCUCGACUCCUCUGAGUGUGUACCGACUUUGAACACUGGCUUAGAGAAGGAUGGUUCUGGGAUUUUUGGCCGCAAAGGUGCAAGAAAAGAUUAAGCGGCUUAAGAAUAUUGUCUGAAAAACCUACUAUAAAGUGGACCAAACAGGUUUGAGACUGAUAGCCGUUUUUUUUUUUUUUUUAAGACAUCUGGGUGAUUAGAAGCAUUAAAAGAAUUGAUGAGAAGUGGAGUUGCUUGUGUGCUACAGUCAUAAAUCCUCCAUUCCACGUUCUGCUUUGCAAAAAAAACAAAACAAAACACAAGCCAUCCUGCAGCAGGCUGGUAGAAAGGCAUCACCCGGUUCCAGCAGUCUUACUCUGUAGACUAGAAAAUCAUGGCAGCACCACAUCCAUUCUCAGAAUCUUGUGUUUUUAAUGUAGCUGAACACAGGAGGAGCAGGUCACGUGUUUCGAGUGCUCUUAUCUUUGAAAAGUGACAGGACUCCUGGGAGUCGGCGUUGGUUUAGUUGACCUUUUUGAUUUUGGUACACAGUGUCUGGCAUUUUUGAAGUGCACACGGUUUCCACUUCAACGUGUCGCUGUCAGAAUGUGUGUGUGUGUGUGUGUGUGUGUGUGUGCAUGUGUAUCAUUUCUUUCUUUCGUUGUUCUUGCAAAAGAGACUUCAUUGUGUCAUAAACUUUUUCCUGUUGGUAUGAAGAAACUGUGUUGUAGCUUGCUAUUUAGUAAAGAGCAUGUGGAAGAUGGCGAAAGAUGAAGUUUUUUUUGUCAGUGAGUGUAACCCCUCCUUUUUCCAACUGUUAGAGACCAAGCCUGCACUGAAUAAAUUCACAAAAUUCAAGCUUGAUGUGUAGUCAUAGUCCUACAGCCCCACCCUCUUCUUAUCCACCUAACGAGAAGGAGAACAAACAAAAAAAAACAAAACAAGAAUGUCGAGACUAAAGAGCAUCUGUGUUUUUGUCUCACCACACGCCAGAGCCGGGACUGUAGCUCUUGUGGUGUUUACGAGGACAUGAGUACCGCAGCACAGGAAAAACUGUGUCCAUCGACUCGGAAAUUAGUGAGAACAGAGCGGAUGUGAUACGGAGUGAGGCGUUCUGGUCCGCUACAGGCCUGACCGACCUGUGUGUCUGUCUGUGAUUGUGUGUGAGAGUGCGAGCAGGAGAGGUGACCACUGUUAAUGUACAGCCUAAUGUCGACGACGACGAUGAUGAGGAUGAUGAUGAUGCUUCUCAUGUGCACAGUAUCAUAUGCUGGAGAUGUACACAACCACAUGUGCUGGGAAUAAAUGAUUUCAUAACUUUC